AUGGAAGCGAUGUCCCCCCAGCAGGAGACUCUAGGGGGGCAGCCGGGGCGCUCCUCUUCCCUGACAGGAGUGUCUCGGAUCGCGGGCGCCCCCGGAACCAAGAAGAAAAUGAAAACACUAGCAGAAAGGAGGAGGAGCGCUCCGUCUCUUAUCCUGGAUAAAGCCCUGCAAAAACGGCCUAGUACCAAGGAAAGCCCUUCUGCUAACGUGGACACAUGUGCAUUUCUGUCAUCAUUUUUGUGCUCCAAUAGGACUCUGCUAAUUGAUGGCCGGGUAGAACUGAAAAGAGGUCUGCAGAGGCAGGAGCGACACAUUUUCCUGUUCAAUGAUCUGUUUAUCGUGGCCAAAAUCAAAUAUAACAACAACUUUAAGAUAAAAAAUAAAAUUAAAUUAAGUGACAUGUGGACGGCAAGCUGUGUGGAUGAAGUGGGAGAAGGCAACACCAAUGCCCUGAAAUCCUUUGUCUUAGGCUGGCCCACAGUGAACUUCGUGGCCACUUUCAGUUCUCCAGAACAGAAGGACAGAUGGCUCUCUCUCCUUCAGAGAUACAUCAAUCUAGAGAAAGAGAAGGACUACCCGAAGAGCAUUCCCCUCAAAAUCUUCGCCAAGGACAUUGGGAAUUGUGCCUAUUCUAAAACUAUAACAGUAACGAAUUCAGAUACAGCAAAUGAAGUUAUCAACAUGUCACUGCCAAUGCUAGGGAUAACUGGCUCUGAGAGAGAGUACCAGUUAUGGGUCAAUUCUGGCAAAGAAGAGGCACCAUACCCACUUAUUGGGCAUGAAUAUCCCUAUGGAAUUAAAAUGAGCCAUCUUCGAGACACUGCACUCCUGACGCAGGGAUCAAAGGAUUCCCCCACACCUUCCAACUUCCAAGAGCCCUUCCUCAUGGAACAGCUGCCCCGAGAGAUGCAAUGCCAGUUCAUCCUGAAGCCCAGCCGCCUGGCUGUGGCCCAGCAGCUGAGUGAUUCAGGUCAGAAGACAUUUAAAAGGAGAAGAUCUAUCAUAAACUGGGCCUUCUGGCGGGGCUCUAGCACUCACCUGGAUAACUUGCCCAUGUCACCAACAUCUCCUGUGCCAGGACAGCUCUUUGGGGUUUCUCUGCCAAAUAUCUGUGAGAACGACAAUCUGCCCAAAGCUGUCUUGGAUAUGCUUUUCUUUCUUAACCAAAAAGGACCCCUCACAAAAGGCAUCUUCAGACAGUCAGCCAAUGUGAAAUCCUGCAGAGAGCUGAAAGAGAAACUGAAUUCUGGAGCUGAAGUACAACUAGACUGUGAAUCUAUUUUCGUGAUAGCAUCUGUCUUAAAGGAUUUUCUACGAAAUAUUCCAGGAAGUAUUUUUUCGUCAGAUCUCUAUGAUCAUUGGGUCUGUGUAAUGGAUCAAGGAAAUGAUGAAGAGAAAAUUAAUGCAGUUCAAAGGCUAUUAGACCAGCUUCCAAGAGCCAAUGUUAUUCUCCUAAGGUAUCUUUUUGGGGUAUUAUACAACAUUGAGCAACAUUCCUCAUCCAAUCAGAUGACUGCAUUUAAUUUAGCAGUGUGCAUCGCUCCAAGCAUUCUUUGGCCUCCUACUUCCUCCAGCCCAGAACUAGAAAACGAAUUUACAAAAAAGGUUUCUCUUCUUAUACAAUUUCUGAUUGAAAAUUGCUGUCGGAUAUUUGGAGAAGAAAUCACUUCCCUCUUGGGAGAGGUUUCAGUGAGAUGUGAUACUAGAGAGAAUGCCUCAGAUAUCUCUUGCUUCCAACUGAAUGACUCCUCCUAUGACAGCUUGGAGAAUGAGCUGAAUGAGGAUGUUGACGCCCCGUGUAGUGACUUGGUAAAGAAACUUGGUCAGGGUAGCAGAAGCAUGGACUCCGUGUUAACCCUCAGUGACUACGACCUCGACCAGCCUGAGGUAGAAGGUCUUUUAACCCUGAGCGACUUUGACUUAGACCAUUCUAAAGAUGAAGACAUUCAAAUGGAGCAGCCUCUUGAAUCCAAGCCAGUGAACAUUGCAGUGUACACAAAGGACCCCCUGCAGGAUCACGCCAGGGCCCCCUCUGGCAUGAGCACGCCCAGCCACCUGUCCACAACUGCAGCAGAUGCUCCAAAAAGCUUGAGGCGACACCGGCGCUGCUCAGAGCCCAGCUAUGACUAUCUAGAUUCAAAGCUUUCCUAUCUCAGGGAGUUUUAUCAGAAAAAGCUACGCAAGUCCAGCUGUGAUGCAAUUCUCUCAAAAAAAGAUGAGAGCCAUCUGAAUCAGAAUCAACCCCUCCAGGAAGAGGGUAAGACAUGUUUUAAAAAGAGUUUAGUCAUAGGCACUGAUAUCAAGAAAAAUGCCACUAAUAAAAAUGUUAAGAAGAAAAGCUUGUCUGAUAAUGAAGGAAAUCCUGUAAAACUUUUUCCUAAAUCCAAGCCAGUAGCUAUUUCCAUGGCAUCUUAUAGUCACAUGUCCUCAUGUGAUCAUCCCAGGAACCAGACCUUUGAUACAGAUACGUCUGGAUACUCCCCACCACACACAACAGAUGCCCUCAAGAGUUCAAGGAGGCACCGGCGAUGCUCAGAGCCCAAUAUUGAUGACCAACACUGCAAACUGACCUAUCUCAGGGGGAUUCAUUCAAAGAAACAACAUAAAGCCAGCUAUGAAGCCAGUCUCUUGCAUGGAGAGGAAGAUUAUCUCAAGCGGCACAAGUCUUUGCAAAUGGAGGGGCAAAAGCUUAUUAAUCAGAGUUUGGUCAUGGGAAUCGAGGUGGGCAAGACUAGUGCCACAAACCAAAACACUGAUAAGGUUUUACCCCCAAGAUUAAACAUUUGCUCAAGGACUAGCUAUUCCAGCUUGUCCUCCCCAGGCACUUCUCCAUCUGGCUCAUCAGUGAGCUCCCAAGACAGUGCUUUUUCUCAGAUUUCUGAACACUCCGUGUUUACACCCACUGAAACUUCCUCUCCAAUAGAUUGCACUUUUCAGGCUCAAAGAAAACAGGAAGAGCUUUCUUCUGACUUUAGCAGUUCCAGCCUCAUUUCUGGAAUUCCUGGUCCCUCAUCAGGGCAGGCCAGCGGCCGCCUGGCUUAUACAAAAAAGGACAGUGUAGAGUGGCAUUCACAAAUGCAUUCUGUAACUCUUCACCCCAGCACAUGGUUGAGAAAUGGAGUAGCCAGUUUGAAAAACUGGUCCCUCAAAAAGAAGGCAAGGGCACCCAGACCAGAGGAAAAUAAAAUACAUUCUCUAAAAGGACACACGGAGCCUCCUCCACAUGCUUCUGGUGUUUCAGAAGCCAACGCACUGCAUGAGAGACAGAAAGACAUGCCCCGAAGGGCGGCUGAAGGGCUUGGAGCUGUGCAAACAGCCCACUGGUAUAGUUCUUACCCCAGCCAGGACUCAGAGAAACACUGUAGCUCUCCAGUCAGCCUAGUGGAGGACAGACUCGGGCUUUGUAUGAAGUCACCCGAGGAAGGAGAGAUUAGUGGGCAGUGUUCUCCUGGUGCUCUGCCUCACGGAAGAGCCUCACCCAGCUCUUUGACUGUGGGUCAUGUGUGCAGCCCAGACUCAGGGCCUACAGUGGUCUGUGAUGUUGAGGACAGACAUUUGACCAAAGACAUUUAA